CCUGAAACUAAUAAUUUUUAUAAAUGAGAGUCCUCUAUUUUUUUUUAUUUUUAUCCAUCUCUUCUUUAUAUCAUGUUGUCAAAGUCUUCUUUUGUAUCACUCUGUUUACUUGAACCUACACUCUAUACUGAACAAAAGCCAGAUACAUGCAGUGUCAUUCGUGGCACAGUCUAUAUCAAUGUGCCUAAACCAACUAAAGUACAACGGAUUUACAUUCGCUUUCAUGGCAAAAUGGAAACAAAGAGUCACUCAUUUGAAAGCGAUCAAAAGAAAUCGAUUGCCCAAGAACAACUUGAACUAUUCCCAAUUCAGUCAACUCCUUCUAAAGUUUUAAACGCCGGUACAACGCCUUUCAGUUUUGAAAUGCAGAUUCCUUCCGGACUACCAGAGACGAUCGAUUGCUCAGAUAUCAAGGUGCAUUAUCAAGUCAGUGCUGUGAUGGAGUACAUCAGUCACUCUGUAUUGCGAGGCACCACUACAUCACAAGAUAUAGCCAAACAAGACAUCUGUGUUGCUCGACUACCUUACCAAGGCAUCCUUACAGGCGAUGUCAGCAAUUCGAUUGAUUCUCGGGCACACCAAUCCACUUGGCUCUGUUAUCAAUUACUGAUUGACAAGAAGGCAGUGGCAUUGGGUUCUAUUUUACCCAUCACAUUUCGAUUGUUGCCUACAACAGAAGGGUUAAUAAUCGACCGAGUCUCAAUUCAAAUGUUGGAACGUAGACACCUUUAUCGAGACACAACUUAUACGAGUCAUUCUGUCUAUACACUUUCUCCUUGUGAGAAGAAUACCGUCUCAUUUCCAACAGAGCCCUUAAAAGAUGCAUGGGAAGGUACAGUUCAUUAUCGUAUCCCGGCUGGUAAAAACAUGGUACAUUCAACUCGACCUUACUCUGCUUUUCAUGUGGAUCAUUACUUACUUGUUUCCAUUGGAUUCUCAGUGCCUAGUUCAACACAAAGUCGGUUUGGAAGUCAAAGGACGCAUAAAAUGGUCACUUUUAGAGCCAAUAUAGAUGUAUUGGACAAGACAGUGGGUGAUCUGGAUGCUUUGGAAUUACCUUCUUAUGAUAAUCCACCUCCUUUUGAAAAUGAACAAGUUGUAUAUGGUGAAUACGAUCGUAAAUUUGUAGAACCACCCGCUUAUCAUGAUGUUUGUUCUACUUAAACUUGUAUAUAUACCCGCCCCUCUUCAAUGUAAAUAAAUAAAAUAAAAAUUAGACAGUUGUGUUUA